GGGCUGAACUUCCGGUUGGGGGUAUAAGUCAACUGAGGCCUCUCCAUGCGCUUUUGAUCCGGAGUUAAAACCGUAAUAAGAAAUACACACAACACAAUGGCUGAGAAUGAUGUUGAUAACGAGCUGCUCGAUUAUGAAGAAGAUGAAGAGCCCCAAGGAGCUCCAGAGAGUGCCACCCCGGCAGGGAAGAAGGAGGUGAAAGGGUCCUAUGUGUCCAUCCACAGCUCCGGCUUCAGGGAUUUCCUCCUCAAACCAGAGCUGCUCCGAGCCAUCAUUGACUGUGGGUUUGAGCAUCCAUCUGAAGUUCAGCAUGAAUGCAUCCCACAGGCCAUCCUUGGUAUGGACAUCCUGUGUCAAGCCAAGUCUGGUAUGGGCAAGACGGCUGUGUUUGUGUUGGCCACACUGCAACAGAUCGAACCGGUCGACGGGCAGGUGUCUGUAUUAGUCAUGUGCCACACGCGAGAGCUGGCCUUCCAAAUCAGCAAGGAGUACGAGCGUUUCUCCAAGUACAUGCCCGCUGUGAAGGCAGCCGUGUUCUUCGGCGGCAUGCCCAUCAAGAAGGACGAGGACACCCUGAAAAAGAACUGCCCUCACAUUGUGGUGGGGACGCCGGGUCGAAUGCUCGCUCUGAUACGCAACAAGACCCUGAGUCUGAAAAACGUGAAGCAUUUUGUCCUGGACGAGUGCGACAAGAUGCUGGAGCAGCUAGACAUGAGGUGCGACGUGCAGGACAUCUUCAGGAUGACGCCCCACGAGAAGCAGGUCAUGAUGUUCAGCGCAACCCUGAGUAAGGAGAUCCGGCCAGUGUGCCGCAAGUUCAUGCAGGAUCCUAUGGAGGUGUUUGUGGACGACGAGACCAAACUGACACUCCACGGUCUGCAGCAGUACUACUGCAAGCUGAAGGACAGCGAGAAGAACCGCAAGCUCUUUGACCUUCUUGAUGUGCUAGAGUUCAAUCAGGUGGUGAUCUUUGUCAAGACGGUCCAGCGAUGCGUCGCUCUCUCUCAGCUCCUCGUGGAACAAAAUUUUCCUGCUAUUGCCAUCCACAGAGGCAUGACUCAGGAGGAAAGGCUGUCUCGCUAUCAACAAUUCAAGGACUUCCAGCGGCGAAUCUUGGUGGCGACGAACCUGUUCGGCCGAGGGAUGGACAUAGAGAGAGUGAAUAUCGUCUUUAACUACGACAUGCCAGAAGAUUCCGACACCUAUUUGCACAGGGUUGCCCGUGCUGGUAGGUUUGGGACCAAAGGCCUGGCUAUAACCUUCGUGUCCGACGAGACGGACGCCAAGAUUCUGAACGAUGUGCAGGAUCGCUUUGAAGUCAACGUGGCCGAGCUGCCGGAUGAGAUCGACAUCUCAUCUUACAUCGAACAGUCCAGAUGAGUCCUUCAACCAAACUGAAGUCUCCUCUCCGUGGAUUCGUCUCCGUUUCUGGAAGUUGACCUGCUCAUCGUUCAUUUAAAACUCGGCACGUUUUGUUCACAAAAACAUUUAUUUUUAUUGUCAGUUUGUUGGGAUGGGAGUGUGAUUUUAAUUUGUCUUUUAUGGUUUGUUUUUGCCUAAUUAAAACUUUUUAUAAAAUGCCAUUUUUUUUUUAUCAUUGUGGUCUCUUGACGAGACGUUUGUCUCCGCCCUGUUUUCGUUUAUUCCCAUGUAGAGCAGAGCUUCAGGGAAACAUCAGAGUAGAUCAUCACAGAUACUUUAGCAGUUUGGAGUUGUUUUUUUUUAUUAUUAUAUUGUGUAGCAAGGUAGUUUUUUUUUUUUCUCCAAGUUUAAAAAGAGCUUGACCAGACAGUGGAGUUUCAGAAAUUUUACUUGUGGCAGCUUUUUUAAAACAAAUUUCUACAGGAAUGCCUUCUAUACUGAUAAAGUAGAUUCUUAGUGGUAAUUUUUGGUUAAGCGACAUGACAUUAAGACACUGUACAAAAAAUGUGACUCUUGCGAUGUAUCUCUUGGUAUUUUGGUGUUCAUAACUGAAAAUAAAUCAGUAAAGAGUUCAAAUUAAAACAUCAAGCUUCAAAAUGUUAUAACUUGUG